AUGCACGUCUCCCAGCACAAGACAAUGCAUCAGAGCUUCACUACCAACGCCGUUCCUCCAAAUACCUCCGGUACUCACGCCUUGGUGGCCUCUGCAGUUGCCCGCGCCCUCGCCCCGAGCACCGCCUUGCCCACCGAGCUGUCAUUUGCCUUGCCCAGCUCUCCCGUAAUCCACCGUCUCCAUGAAGUAGACCAUGUUCUCCGUCGCCACGUUGCCCGUCGCCCCGGGACUGUACGGGCAGCCGCCCAGGCCGCCCACGCUGCUGUCGAACGUCCGGAUGCCGUGCUCCAGCGACACCGCCGUGUUGACCAGCGCCUGCCCGUACGUGUCGUGGAAGUGCAUCGCAAUGUCCUCGCUCCGGAUGCCCGCCGCCGACAUGCACUUGAGCAGUGCGCUGGUCCGUGGUGCCGUGCCCAUGCCCGUCGUGUCGCCCAGCGAGAUCUCGUCCGCGCCCGACUCGAGCAGGUCCGUGGCGAUCUCAGCCACCUUGUGCGGGUCGACGUCGAAUCCCUCGAACGGGCAGCCCAGGACGACGGAGACGUAGGCGCGCACCCUCAGCCCGAGCGCCUUGGAGUCCUGGAUCACGGCCUUGAAGCGCUCCAGAGACGUUUGUAUAUCGCAGUUGAGGUUCUUCUGCGAGAAGCUCUCGGUCGCGGCCGCGAAGACGGCCACCUCGACGGCUGGCUUGUCGUUCGGGUCCAGCUGGCUCGAGAAGGUGCCGGGGUUCUGCUUGAGGAUGGCGGCCGCGUUCUGCAGGCCUUUCGUGUUUGGUGCCAGGAACGACCAGGUCAUCGGAACGGGGGCCUGCACCUUUUGCUGCAAAAGGUGCUCCAUGAUCUCGCUCGAGUUGGCCAUCUACCGAAUGGGGACCCAUUUGGGAGAAACGAAAGACCCCGCCUCAAUAGUCGAAACGCCUGUUCUCGCAAGGCGCUCAAUCAGGUCGAUUUUUGUGGCGAGCGGGAUAAUUGUCUUCUCGUUCUGCAGGCCAUCGCGCGGUCCGACCUCGACGAGCUUCACCCGGUUGCCGCCAGUGGCUUGCUGAGAGCUAGCUGUCGCGAAGCCUCGUCGCAGCUGGAAUUGGGAUCGCCUGCAGGCCCUGCACACAGCCGAUCGAAGGAGAGCCAUCGUGAACUCGCUCGAUUACCAGCGCCGACGUUGUUGUGA